AUGGCGUCGUCUGAUAAUCUGCUUACCAUUGAACAGCAGACAUGGAGGUUUGGUCCCGGAAUGGCGGAUGGUUUGAUAAAUGAUUUCUUCACCAAAGAAAAAGAGACCCUAACAAAAGCUUUAACGAAAUCGUAUACAAAUUCCUCUCCAACCGACUGCGUAUCGACGGAAAUGAUCGAGUCAUUACCGUCUCAAGUGCCGACCCCUUCGGGAGGCUCAGAAAAUGAAGUUCCUUUUUCCAAACGCCGGAGCGCUGCUCCAACUGGGAGAAUCACCAAACGUAAAUCGCGUGCAUCGAAGCGCGCUAUGACGACAUUUAUUACGGCGGAUCCAGCUAAUUUCAGGCAUAUGGUACAGCAGGUGACCGGCGUAAGAUUUGGCAGCGAUUUAAACGGACUUGUGCCGUCGAAACCCGACCCGCAGAGGCCAAUCCACAUGUUUCAAACGGGUUGUACCUUGCCCACCCUUGACGCUUCAUCUUAUCUGCUGGACCAAGUGGUUCAGCCGCCAGUAAUUAAUGUUCCUCUGCCUUCCACGGUGGUGGGUGACGGUGGCGCAGCUGGUUUCAGCUUUGACUCUUUUUGUAGUUUUCCCACCCUCGAGUCUUGGCAAGUUUUGUGA